AUGGGACGCCUCCCCUAUGGGCCAGGAAAUGCCCACAUAUUACAGAGCAAGGGUGCUGAUGUGGGAGUUAUGAAGUUCUAUUGCACAGAGUAUUCUACUCAUUAUGGAAAGGAAGGUUUCAUUCCAAGGACUGGACGCCAUUAUGGCACAGGAUAUCAAUCUAAUUUUAGACCAGGGGUGUAUUACAGUCGACGUCUGGAUGAGCUUGACAACCCAGCAAUGGGGUAGGUUAUGCAUACAUUCUUGUAUUUACAACAGCCAAAAAAUUGCUCUGUUGAUGGUAAAUACAUUGACAAAAUAUCAUUGUACAGGUGUAUGCAUGCACAUUUUUGUUUGUUGCAUAGGAUACAGCAGGGGCAGAAUUAUUUGUGUCACUCUUAGACAAACCCUUUAAGUGCCAGUCCUAAAACUGUUGAUCUUGGACUGGGGAGAGUGGACAAUACCAUCAUGUAACCAACUAGCUAGUUUGCAUCAAGCGCAUCAAAAUUCUCAACUGUACCAGCAUAAUAUACUCUACUGGCAUUUUUGUUGUUGUCUUGCAGUCGUCUCUUAACAGACAACUAUUCAUCCAUUACUAAGAAGCACUUUUUGCCGUCAAAAGGAUCAAGUAGCACUGACCCCUUCUCUAGAGGGCUGUAUAUGACAGCAACAAGUGGUUUUGUCAAAGACAUUCCUGUCACCAUUCCGCGAUCAAGACAGGUUAGCAAAAGUAAUAUGUUUCAGGAAUCUAUUUAGCCCCUACAUUUUCCAUUUAAUAUAAUAAAAAUUUUACUGCUGUAUUUUUUGUAGGGCAAUCACAGUUUAACACAGCUAUACUCCAGACAAUGUAUGUUUUAACAUAGUAUCAACCUCUGUAACCCUAUCCCUAACUUAGUGAGUUACAGGCCAGAGUUGAUUUGAUCCAGUGCAUUAUAAGUUUUGUUAUUGACUCAAGUUUCUCAAGCUAAAUAGAUAAGGUAUUUUUUGUGCGAACACUUUGCAAUUUAAUAUCCAAUCCAUGUAGGUGAGGGAUGUUCAUAUUGACACCAAAGCUAAGGGCACAGUUUAUCCAUUCCAUCGUCCAUUGUUGCACACGCUCAAAGCCAAGGAUCCAAUCGGCAGGGAAAAUGCUUUCCAUGUAAGUACUUGUCAUACAUUAUUUCUGGAGUAAAGUUCAAGUACAUGAACAGACAACUUCCAUUAUUGCGAUACCCCUUGGACCACUGCAAGUUAGUGUCCUUUAAUACUAACAAGAGAUCAGUUUAGAGGGGUGCAGCUGGAAGAAAUUUCAUUCAAAAUAUUUGCUUUAUAAAGAUAUCAUGUCUUAAUAUUUAGUCUGACUGUAGAAUGAACCAAGUCUAGCACAGAAAAUAACUAUUUGCCGGACAAACUGGUAUUGAGACUGGAAAGUUGGUCUUAAGACAGACUGGUCUUAAGACUAGAGAGAUUAAGAUUCACGUUUACGGCAUACGGCAAACGGCAAACGUCAGUUGAAAAUUUCUCAGGAUAGAAAAUAAGCAGAUAAAAACAGUCCAGAACGAUUCUUGUGGAUAAAACUGGCAUAAAACUACUUAUUUUUGUGUAGAAGCAAUAAACAAUAAACGAAAAAUAAGGGGGAAAACUUGGUCACGUGGUACAAAUUCACGUUUGCCGUUUGGCGUAAACGUGAAUCUUAAUCUCUCUAAUAACAGAUUGAGACGGGAAAGUUGGUCUUAAGACAGGUCAGGAGAAGAAUGAAUGUUAAGGAUCAGUUUAAAUAAUAACUAUUGAUACAUAUGCACGCAACAGAAAAAGUAAUGCUAACCUUACUAAAAAGGUAAUGACUUUGGUAAAAACAGAAGAUCAGAAAAAAAUCCUGCUGUCUUUUGGAACAAGAGGAAUAUGGAACAAUAAAAUUAAGCGCUGACAGGUUAAAAAACUUACAGGCAGGCGGGUACAUGUAAGUCCAUAUUUAAAAGCGAGAAUUUGCAAUAAUGGGAGUGUUUCAGUCAAACUCUAUAUUUUUUGCUAGCCAUUUAGCAGCUGUCUACAUUUGCUAGGUCUCCAUAUUAAGGCAAGACUUGACUGACAUGUAACUUAAACCUGCACAAAAAGACAAGGUGGUAGCCCUAUUACAAGGUGUCUAUAUAUAAUUACCUUUUUUGAUUCCUUUUCCAUGUGGUUGAUCACUCGUUGUCCUGAUAUUAUAAGAAGCUGCUAAGUACCACACACAACGUAUGUGAAAUGUAAAAAUGUAUCUCUGACUCAUAUUCCAACUAAAAUUAAUUUAUAACUAUACCUGUUAUUAAUUUACAUGUAGCAUGCAUUUGUAAAUUUCUUCAUUUUCGAUAGAAAUGAUCAUACUUUUAAUUUCCUUCGUUUAGGGGCCAAGCUAUAUGUCAACUGAAAACCAUACAAACUUUCUAGGAAUUCCUAGUCAGCGAAGUAAGUACCACAAAUAGAAAUUAAUUAAUAAAAUCAAGAAAAGAAAAUGAAAAACACAUUUAUUCAAAAUAAUUGUACAGUGUACCUUUAUGUAUUUACUUCAAAGAAAAUGUACAAGUACUUCUGAUUUAUUUUUGCACAAAAAAGUGGUAAUAAAUGUUAAUUAAUAACAAUAAUGAAAUUAUAAUAAUGUAAUCAUGUAAGGUACAUGUUAUUAUAGCUUAAAACACACGUGUGAAAGGCAGUUUACAUUGCCUGGUUAUGUGGUAUCAGUAAUUGUUCAAAGAGCCUAGCAGUAUUUACAAGUACUCUCGCCAAAUGAAAAUAAUAACUGAAUGAAUCAGAAACUUUUAAUGGGCUUUGUUUUGUAAUAUUUUGAAUUGUACAGGUACAUUGUAUGAUUUGUGUAACUUGAUGAUGUCAUUAUAAUGGUUUCACUACAUAUUUUUUUACUUUUAGUGGAUACCUCAACAAAAACUGUUGGUUACAAGGAAGGCUCAGGUUUCACACAUGCUUACAAUGAUGAACCAAUCACUUUUUACCCAAUGGAAGCUCAUGAGGGAAUAAGAGAUGUAGGAAAUUGAUCAUGCUCUCUAAUUUAAGACUCAUUGAAUUGUAAUGGUAUUAUCAACUUCAAUAAAUUAACAAAUAAUAUUUAAGAUCAAAAUUUUACAUUAAAAAGCCCCAAAAGAUAAGAUUUUUCCCGAGAUUUGCAUGAUCUCCAUGCAUUGUUCACUUUAAGUGAUUUUCUUAACAUUGUUUAUCUUCAUUGUUUCCCUGAUUUAACAUUUAAAUUUUACUCAACAGGCUCUGUGGAGCAGUAAGCCUUAUAAUAAAUAUUAUAGAUCUCAGAGCCAAGUUGUUUGAAAUACAUUAGCAUAAAUCCAAUGUUAAGAAAAGUACAGACUGGCUGAAAUGGAUGUAUAACAAAUAUAGAGGGCGAGAAAGUCAAGUUAGCCAUAUUAUCUAGGAGAUUAAAGUCUGUAACUUAAUUAAAAAGAACCUCUCCCAAAAAAACUGGGGAAAAGUAAUAAUUAUUGUAUGUUGCGGUUAAUUUUUUAUUGCAAGUAAUUUUUCUUUUUCCUUUGUUUUUGGGUAUGGUAAAAUUAAUGUAUACUUAUGAAGUUGAAACAAAGGAAAAAUCAAAAUUACCUGAGCUAAAAAAUUAGAACUAAAACAUGUGCAUUAGAGUGUUAGAAAAGGAUAGAAGAAAUAACUAAUUGUUCCUUUAUCAAGACAUUUCUUUGAUGGUAAUGUUUGAUUUUCAGCCACAAUGGACUUAUAGGCCAACUGGAUCUAGUAUCAUGAAGAGGGAUUUCCUGCCAGUGGAAUAUCUUCAUGUAUGUCAAGCUGUAUGCAAUAUGUUAAAAACAUUACAAUGCGUUAUGUCCAGCACAGAUUUGACCCAAGUAGUGUGCAUUCAAUAAUUUUUUAGCCAAAUACUGCAAUUGUUUUGUUUUUAUCAAGGUCCUUUGUACAUGUACUUAAGAAAGCUUACAGUUGUUAGUAUCCAAGGAUUGAGUGGAUCUAAGAUUUUAAAGGACAACCACAAAUUUACUUACUACUUUUUUAUGUUGGUCUUUCAAGUUUUGACAGACAAGCCCGUGGUAGAGUGAUUGAAGGCCAGGCUAUUGUGUUUAAGCAAUGCUACAAAGUAUUUCUUUUUAAAAACUAACAAUAAUAGUAAAACAAAAUAAAAAAUCAUUGACAUUCUCUUUAUAACUUGAAUAUCACUUCUAAAGGGAAAUGAGCAUCUUCCUGUUUUGUCUCAUGGAUCAGAAAGAAAUACAGGAUUUACUCAUGGCACAAAAGCAAGACCAGUUUUCUAUUCAAAAGUAGGACAGGUGAGGUCCAUUAUAAGGGUAUUGUUCAUGAUGUAAUUUUAGAGUAGUCUCCUGGACAUACUUAUAGAUUCCUCUUGUGUAAUCAGCCAUCAAAUGGAGGACGCGGCUGUGUUGGAGACAAAUGGUAAUGGAGAAAGAAAAAUUUUUGUUUCUGGUAUCUAGUACAUGUACAGUAAGUCUUGAUUUGUUAAUUUCUUGCGGCAACGUUCAAAUUUUAACUCGCAUUUUACUCUGCAAAUAUUUCUAGCAGGCUCUGAAUAUGGUCAUUCUUUCUUCAAACCUGGGGGGGUACUCCGCAUAUGAAAUGGGUGGGGAUGCUUGUCGGAAAUUUUGAAUUAAACCCCUAAAGGCGACCGAUCAGGGCGUGCCCCAAGCCUUUUUGGACCCCUAAAAGAGACCAUGUUAAGACACAGCCAAUAAAUAUAUUUUAAUCUCAUUUCGCGUUCAAUCCUAAACAAGACCUUCAUGGCUAAACAUGAUGGCGUUUUGCCCAGAACACCCUAAGUGAGACCAAAAUCCGAAAUUUACACCUCUAAGUGAGACGACAAGCAUCCCCACCCCUUUCAUAUGCGGAGUCCCCCCCCCCCGUUCCUAUGAUGGCCUAUAUGCUAUACAGGGGGGCUCCACUGGAAAAGGGUAUCUUUUUCAGACUUCAGGUAUAUAAAAGGGUAGGGAUUUCUCUUAAGCUGAAGUAUAUAAAAAGGUAGGAAAAUCUGUGAUUUGGGUUGUGGAAGGGCCCAAAAGGGCUAACAGAUGAAUUUUAUGGCUUUAUAAAGACGAGAAAACAUUCUGUUUUUGUGAUUGAUUCCUAUUUAAACGACAGUGCAUUUACAGCAGUUAAAAGGGAUGCAAAGUUCUGAACAAGGUAUGUAAAAGGGGUACCAUUUGUCAAUAGAAGGUAUUCUAAAGGGUACCUUGUUCGUGAGAAAUGGUUUAUAAAAGGGUAAGGGGUUGGACCUCGGGGCGGAGCCUCCCCGUAUAAACAUUUGUUGAGUACCUCCGAGUGUUCAAACCGCGCUCCUUCCAAAACAAAAACAACAAUAACAACAACUACAUCCCUAUCACCAGCGAAAAUCAGUGCUGCAUCCUUAGAGAAAGAAUGCGGAUAAAAAACUUGCACCUUCCCGAUGAAACUUACCGUCACUGGAUUUCUUCACUUCAUUGUUCUUUUCAGGAAUACACUAAACUCGGCGAUGUCCAUCCUCGAGCCCAGGAGCGAAUAAAGAAGAUGGAUCCGGCUGAAUAUUCCAACAUGACGAACCCACACACUUUCUCCAGGUACAAGUGAAGUUGAUUGUAUGAAAAUUGUGUCUUCCUACAAGUAAUUCAGUCAGUUAUCUUUUGCCGUGGUCGCAAUAUUGGUUAAAAUACUAGCUUUGCAAUCUUGACCAGAAAAGGAUCUGAACUUCAUAUUUAUCCGCCAUUUUAUGGCGAGAGACUGGGCGGGAAAAGUCGCGCGAAAAUAAUCUCGUCCCCAAUCUCUAACGGCUUCGUGGCGCGUAAGGCGCUUAAGGGGGUUGUCAGAUUGCUUUGGUUCGUUACUCAAACAAAUACAUUCCUUUUGCUCAGCCUUACCCGCAUACAAACAAAAAGAACCGCUUGGCAGGGGCCAAGAGAAACACCACAUGUAUUCAAUUUGAUAUCUAUUUUUCUGUACCUCCUUAACGCAAUGCGGGCACCCGUGAGCUCGUGGAAUAAUUGUGGAAUAGAUGAAUACUAUACUAUCGCGACAAGGUAGCUGAAAUAUCAUGUUUUCUUUUCUUUAGCAUUGCCAAGCUAUCAUUUAAAGGCAAACAGAGAAAUGAUCCAACUGAAGCGGAAAGACUGGGUAACGUUUCCACUGGAACAAAGGUAAGUAAGUUUUCUUUCAGAAAUUGAGAGGGGCGUAAAAAGGCCCAGUUCUCACUUCUCCCAACAAACCCCGAUAGAAAAUGGGUGCAAUAAUGAUUUUGCAUUUAGGCACACAAUACUCUUUAUUUAACGUGGUCAAUCUUCUUAGCUAAUUAGCUAAAUUACAGACAUGCCAAGAAAAACAGACAUACAGGCAGGAUGUACAUGUUUGUCACGUCAGCCUCGUUUAAUGGGCUUACCUUCUGCGAGUCUCUUGCAGCUCAAUGGUAGAGCAGAAGGUCAUAGGUUCCACUCCAGUUAAGAGAAACCUGGCUUUUUCCUCUCCGAAUCGCCUAUGUCACUCACCGAAUAAACAUCGUUCCCAAUAAAUUAGGUCAAUUAGCGACAAGUAUGAUUAAAAAGAGUACUCAGUCAUUGCCUAGGAAAUCAUUUCCCAGAUAUGCAAGCUCAGCUUUGGAGGCUUUAACAAGCUUCAUUAAGCUAGUUCUUUUUACUGAAAACUGAAAAUUACUACCGAAACACUAACACUCGACAGACUAAAUUCUACCAUGAGUUUGCUAGAUAAAAAAAUAAUAAUAACAACAAAAUUAAAUGAAAAGGGCAGUAGCGCAUCAAUAGUAAAUGGUGGAUAUCUUGCUCAUUGCUUGCCGCAUCACUUCAUCUUGUAACAUAUCCGGGCGUACAGUUUCAAAAUCUGUAUUAAAGGAGAUGUUAUGAACCUCUUAGUGACGAGUCCUUAAAAUUCCCUAACAGACUUCAACUUUACUUGCUUGAAUAUUUUAGGAACUAACUGGGUACAGUGAAAAUAACGACCAAUACUUUGAGACAGCGGAGACUGCGGACUCACUAAGAAGAUUUGAAACUCACUACAAUGCCAAGUAAGUAUUUAUAAUUUAGAGGAUGAUAAAACAUGAGUUCAUUAAAAUUGCAAGAGAACCUACUUACUCCUUUGCCUCUUUCGCCAGACUGAAUGCAAAAUAUUCGAUUUUUUUUCACAAAAUCGGUUUUCAAGGCAGGGCAUGUAUUAAAGCGAAGAGGCGCGAGGCGACUUAUAGAGGUGAAAAAUAUGUGUACUUGGCAUUACACUCUCCGUGCGUUUAGUAUACUUGUCUGUUUGCCAGUUGGGAGAAAACUAAGGGGCUCCACUGAUUAUUUCCCAGCAACUUACUUGAAAAACCUUUGAACCGCUUAAGUGACACUAUUCCUAUGGCGAUAUCUAAUUUUGUUUUUAAAUAGACACUAUAACAUGAAUCCACGAGGCGAUGACAAGAUGGGUCGCACUGAGGGCAAUGUGUUCACUCAGCUACCAAAUGGUUUCACAAAAGGAACCAGUGUGCACACAAUGGGCCCUGAUAUCAACACUACAGCCGAACUACGCUGGCAGAAACCUUAUGUAGCCAGGUAUGAUAAUCACAUUCAUUGCUUUGAUAGAUCUAGUGAUACAUUUUAGCUGGCGUAAAAACUCUGCCUCUAGUAACUGUAUGGUACCAUUGUAUUCCUGUAUUGUAAUUGUAAAUUUCUUGUGUUCUGUUUUGUGGGAGGCCUGUUUUAAGAUUUAAGGUUUCUUUUCAGGCUUUCUCGCCACUUUCUGUUCUUGCAUGUAACCUUUUAUUUUUCGUCCUUUGCCAGGCUCUUUGCAGAUACAGUGUAGUAGGAAAUAAAACAGAAAAGCAAAAAUUAGAAAAAAAAGGGUGAUCCGGUAAAGAGGUCUCUCUCCCCAGCCCCCGUGCAUUUUUCGCUUUCAUUUUUUACCUUUUUACUGCACGGCUGCGCAUUCAAGCUAUCUUGAAGCCUGGAACAGGCUACAACUUAGCCUGCGAGCAAGCUCUCCUAUGUGGGCGAGUGAAACGAGUCUCGCGAGAACGCGCGAGCGAGCGGCGAAGCCGCGAGGGGCAGGGGCUCGCUCGCGAUCAGGGCCCUCGCUUCGCUUGCCCAAAUAGGAGAGCUUGCUCGCAGGCUAGCUACAACUCUCUAGUACUUCAAAUCCUACAUUUGUAAAUUUUUAGGAGUAUUAAAGCAAGAGAUCCGUACUAUGAUGACCACACCCAUGAUGCCAAACUGCACACGGCUGUUGCAAUAACUGCUUAA